AAGAAGUAACUAAAGAACUUCUUAAUCAAUGGAGUAUAAUUAUUGGUGAAGACUCACUCCAUGUUACAUCUACUGAUUGUAGUUAUGAUAAUCUCAUGACAUGUGGUAAAUUUGCUGCAAGGAUGAUCAAUUUACCAUCUGGCAUUACAGCAAAAAAGAUUAUUCCUAACAUCAAAAUGAUUGGUGCACUUACUUGCUAUAUCCCUAGGUCUCGCAAUUAUAGACAUAGAAGUGAGGCAAUUAUCUCUUUUGUAAAUGAAGAGGUACUAGAAGUGGCAAUUGGUAAAGAGUGGAAAGCAGGUGAAUUCAAUAUUAAAGUCACAAGCCUGGCAACAAAAACAUGCUACAGAUGCCACUCCGAGGAACAUAUCGCUAAAGAUUGUCCACGGUCAAUAAAUGAAAAGAGAAUAGAAAAUUUCUUACAAGACAAACUCAAUCUUAAUUCUGAAACUAAUCAAUAUCAUAGUAAUUACAAUGAACCUGAGGUUGAUUCGCAAAUGGAUUUUGAUGAACUGAACACACACAAUAUAGAAGAAAGUGAAGAAGUGAAAAAUAAAAAUGAAGAUAAUUUUGGUAGAUUAAUACAAAUAGUAGAACAAGUCAGCCAACAUUUUAAGAUAGCUACGCAUAACGUACGAGGAUUCAAUGAUUUAGUUAAACGAAAUCUUUUUUUUAAUUAUAUCAAAAAUGAACAGUUCGACAUAGUGGGUAUAGCAAAAACAAAUUGUGGUGAAAGCAAGGGGCAAUGGUAUAAAGACAAUAAGGAUAAAUUUCAUAUCCACUGUUCGGGUAACGGAAAAGGAACUGAAGUAGCCUUAAUAAUUUCAAAAAUACUAAAUAAGUAUGUUUGUAAAAAAAGAGAAUAUGAGGGUAGAGCAUUUUGCGUAGAUCUAGUUCUUCCAAGAAAAAUGACAAUUUGCGUAAUGCAAAUUUAUUUAUCAAUACCGUCAUCUGUAAUAGAUCAAAAUAACAAUAAAAACACAGGGUAUAUAUGGAAAAGAGAUAAUUCAAACGAGGAAAGUAGAAUUGACGCAAUUUGGAUGUCACACAGAUGGAGUGAUAAAAUUACGUCAUGUUUUUUAGACGACAUCAAAUUGAUAACAAGUAGCGACCAUAAACUUUUAGGUGUGAAAAUGUUGAAAAAGUGGCAAAUAAGAGAAAAAGAUGAGGAAAUUUAUCCCAAUGGACCUAAAUAUAAUAUGAAGCUGAUGGAUGAGAAACGAUGGCUAAAAUUUGCAGAGUUGGUAACUGUAGAG